UUGGCCCCGCCUCGGCGCCCAGAACCCGCGUGGAGAGUGCAGGAGGGGGCGCUACUGCCCCAGACGUCAGCUGCGCGGCUCUCUGAGGCAAUGGCUGCGCGGGUGGUCGCUCUCGGUAUCGACCUGGGCACUACGUCUGUGAAGGCGGCCUUGGUGGAGGCGGUGCCCGGAGACCCAACCGGGUUUGUGGUCCUGGCGAGCUGUGCCCGGGCUGCGCGGGCCGAGGCGGCCCAGAGCGCGGCGGCAGGGCCCCAGGGGCAGGAGCAGGAUGUGAGCAGAAUCAUCCAAGCCCUAAAUGAGUGCCUUGCUGCCCUUCCUCGGCAGCUGCUCCAGGAAGUCUGUGGCAUUGGAGUGUCAGGACAAAUGCAUGGAGUCAUGUUUUGGAAAACAGGCCAAGGCUGUGAAUGGACAAAGGAAGGGACCUCUCCUGUAUUUGAGCCUGGAGCCGUGAGCCACCUGGUCACCUGGCAGGAUGGCCGGUGUAGCAGUGAGUUCCUGGCUUCUUUGCCCCAGCCAGAAUCCCAUCUCAGUGUGGCCUCAGGGUUUGGCUGUGCAACCAUCUUCUGGCUUUUGAAGAAUAGCCCAGAGUUCCUGAAGUCCUACGAUGCUGCUGGCACCAUCCAUGACUAUGUGGUUGCCAUGCUGUGUGGCUUGCCAAGAUCCCUGAUGUGCGACCAGAAUGCUGCUAGUUGGGGAUAUUUCAACACUCAGAGCCAAAGCUGGAACUUGGAGAUAUUGAGGGCCUCAGGCUUUCCGGUCCACGUGCUCCCAGACAUUGCGGAGGCGGGCAGUGUGGCAGGCAGAACUUCCCGUGCCUGGUUUGAAAUCCCAAAGGGGACACAGGUGGGCGUGGCCUUGGGUGAUUUACAGGCCUCUGUGUAUUCCUGUAUGGCGGAAAGGACGGAUGCAGUUCUCAACAUCAGCACCUCAGUUCAGUUGGCAACCUCCAUGCCUUCAGGAUUCCAGCCAGCGCAGACUCCAGACCCUGCGGCUCCGAUCAGCUACUUCCCAUACUUUGACAGGAGCUACCUAGCAGUGGCAGCGUCACUCAAUGGGGGCAACGUGCUGGCCACAUUUGUCCACAUGCUGGUACAGUGGAUGGCGGAUCUAGGUCUAGAGGUCGAAGAAUCCACUGUGUAUUCAUGCAUGAUCCAGGCAGCUGCACAGCAAAGAGACACCUGCCUAACUAUCACUCCAACGGUGUUGGGCGAGAGGCACCUGCCGGACCAGCUGGCCUCAGUGACCAGAAUCUCCUCCUCUGCUCUCUCCCUGGGGCACGUGACCCGGGCCCUGUGCCGAGGCAUUGUUCAAAACCUGCACUCCAUGCUUCCAUUUCAACAGCUCAAGGAGUGGGGUGUGGAGCGGGUGAUUGGCAGUGGGAGUGCACUGUCCAGGAAUGAGGUGCUGAAGCAGGAGGUGCAGAGGGCUUUCCCCUUCCCAGUGUCCUUUGGGCAGGAUGUGGAUGCAGCUGUGGGGGCAGCUCUGGUCAUGCUCCAGAGAAAUCUUAACCAGAGGGUGUCUUAGUGCAUCCUUUGGCCAAAGGACUGUUGCAGAUUUUACCUAACUAACAUUCCUGACAUGACCUUGGGGUCCUCCUUUUCCUGGAUAGUUUUGUGGGCAGAUUUUAAGCAAAGCAUGUUUUCAAGGCACCAUCUUGACCAAGAACCUACUUUCAUACUCUAAUAAUGCAGCUAGGACUCAUCAACUGGAUCCCAAAUUAGUGCUUUCCAAGAGACUCACUUGGGAAUUGGUUGCAGAUGUAAAUGUGGAAAAAAGAGAGAGGGGAAAAGAAAGAAAAGGAACAGUAGCCCAGCAUCGUGGUCAGCAGGCUUCUCUGUGAUUCAUCUGUAGGCAAAGAGAAAAUAAAUGUGGACUUCAGACACCAAAAAGUCUCCAAGUAAGAAAAGACCCCCCCGCCUCCUGCCGCCCUGCUCCAGCUUUUGGAAUGAUUGUGUUUUGGGACAUGAAGCCCAGACUUGGGUCACAUGCACUGUUGGAGAAGUCCUUCCCUACUGGAUUGUACUAUGUGUCCCUGAGGUCCUUUCCCAUUCUUGUUCUCCCUUGGCCACAGCUGGCUAGCUGAGGCAGGGCAUGACCCAAGAAAGUAGAGCAGACUGACUGAGACGAAGAUACAGGGGUCUGUGCUGGCCUUCUCACCAUGUGCUUCCCUUUCCAACAAGAGCCUCCCGCACUGGAACUUCUCCAAAUCCUUAACACAACUGGCUUGAAGGCACAGAACAGGGAAGCAAGGUUGGGUAGCAUGACCAGUGAGGGAGACAGAUGCUGCGUGGCCCCACCAUUCAGGCACUUUGUUCCCAAGAGUCUGACCAGGCACCAGUAGGACCCUUUUUCAGGGGUGUGCCUGGGCAGCAGUGUGUUUUUGCCCCUGUACAUUCUUGGUAACCUUCCCACGGGAAGGGAUGUGGCUGGGCAUGCCCCUGUCAGAGAGGGUGGCCAAUUAAUCAGAGAGAACCCCUUAUCCUGUGGGUCCUAGCUUUUCUUUCUCUUGGUGUAGGCCUUGCUGGGCCGCUGUGUGUUCCUGGCUUGCAGAAACGUCCCCUGGAGUCAGCAUCCCUGCCGGGAUCCCAGAGCAUCUUAAACCUUCCUGUAGUUGGUAGGUGUGACCAUGGCAUGGCUUCCAGGAGAAAGCCAUCAUUGGUGCAUCUAAUUCCAGACUCCCAAGAGUGAUCCUAAGGCCUGACUCUGAGGCACCUGGGCAACUAUGAGUCUGGGGAGCAGUCAUGUUGUCUGUUUGUAAAUGUCACUUUGUGAAUUAUGUGAUUGUCUGAAGCUCUUAGGUUAAUCUGCCUGGCCAUGCUGAGUGGAUUUUAGAUACUAAAGCUCAUUCUUCCAGAGCCUUACACCUUUAAUAAGACACACCUGUCUUCGUUGGGAUUAUUGUAAAUUAUGGCACAGCUGCAGAUGAUCAUAGCCCUGAGGGUCAUUUGUAGGUUAUACUAUAGAAAACCCCUGCCUCUCCCACAGUUCUACCGGGACAGGUGGCUGAAGAUCACUCAGGAAAGUCAUGUGAGUUUUCUCUCAGCUAAAAUGAGCCGACACAGGCGUUUGAGGAAGAAGUUACCAUGGGAUAGGCCGAAGGGUAACAGCUCUGUCCGUCAGGAGGAACUGGCCCUCUGACUUCAGGGAGGCAACCUGUCUUGCAUUCUCAGAGUGCUGUGGAUAGAGUCUAUAAAUGUAAGAUUAGGACCUGGAUGCAAGGCCAGGAAGCCCAGCCCGGUGCCCAGCAUGGUGCUGGAACUCUCUGUUCCCUUUCCACGUGUUGACUCUAUCUCUGAGGGCUGAGCCUUGCGCCGUUCAAGCUUGUCAGCUCAGAGCUGUGCUGCUGUUGUUACUGCACAUGGCCUGGAGCCUCUGCAGGGGGGUUGAGCACAGCUCCCAGGGCCUCAUUUCUUCAGCCUGAAGUCACAAAGCAGUCACUGCUUUUGCAGUGGUAUGGGGAAGGUACUAGUAAGUGAUACCAGCAUGAUCCUCACGUGAGGAACUGGCCUUAAGGACUGUUUGCCUGUGUCCUGAUCUUACAGGCACUUGGUAGGCUUGUGCUUUCCCACCUGAUUUGCUUUGGCCAGUAAAACGUGACCAGAAGCAUGCCGCUUGUUCUGUGCCUUCAAGCCAGUUGUGUAGGCCUUUAGGAGCCAGUGCGUGAUUUGUCACAUUCCCUUCCUUUUGCCACCAGUGACUGGUAGUGUCCUAGAGAAAGGCUCUGUCAGCUUGGGUUCCAUGAUGGGACAGUGUGGUAUAGAACCCUCACCAAUGAAUGAACAACAUGCAGUGUUACUAAGAAAUAAACCUUUGAUGUUUGAAACCA